CUUGUCAAGUUCGGUACAUCGUAUUUAUCGUUGUAUAUGCCAGAUCUAGACUCCGCCUAUGAUAUUUGAACUCUCUUCACGAGUACAUAUUAGCUGCACGUACUUUGCGAGUCGCAAUAUGCAAUCAAUCAAUUUAGAGUCAAAAGUCAAUCUUUCGACGGUCUCGGAUAUCAUUACUGCGCUGCAGACUAUCCUACGUUUGGCACGAACAAUUCCUCCUGAGAUACUCGACCUCGAAACGCCGUACUCUGAAUCCCGAACCACAAUCCCCAAUCCCAAUCACUGUGCAAUUGGGCUCGAGGGCCAGAGCAUCAGUACCAUUAUCACCGAACGCCAACACCAGUUGGACACCGUUUUGCACGACAUCUCAAGUUUGCAAACAGUCAUGGAUGGCGUCCCACACUCUUCAGCAGCGACUCGUUGAGCAGAAGAACAAGAUCAUUGAAUCCAUCAAUUUGCACAAGGGGCUCGUAUCACCUCUUUGGCGCUUACCAACUGAAGUCCUGUCCCAAAUAUUUUGCCACUGUCUCCCGCAAAUUCCGAAACUUGGCGAAUUGCAGUCCCCAUCAAAGCUAGCCGUACCUAUGUCGUUGACCAGAAUAUGUCGACGGUGGAGGGAAGUUGUUGUGGACAUGCCCAACUUGUGGUGUGUGCUGCUUGUGGAAGUUGAUGACGGAAAUUGGCAGCAGGUAGCCUUCUGCUACGACUCUUGGCUCAAACGAACACGAGAACGACCACUCUCGUUAAAAAUCCACUUCCACGCAGUUGAUCACUCGACCAAGCUACGACGCCUUCUUCAGCCUUACAUCAAUCAAAUUUCAUCUCUCUCUGUUGAAUUUUACCAUCGCAAAACACCUGCACUUAAUAUGUUCAGAGACCUCCUAGCACUUGAGGAGAUGUCCGUGUACUUCCAUGAGGAUAUCCCUGAUGGUGAUAUGCCAGCUAGUACUUUACACUCUAUCUCGCAACUGCCGGCUACUCUGCGCAGUUUUGAUGUAUCAGGGUGGUCACUCGACUUCGACGACUUGACCUCUUGCAGUCCCGUCUGGGCCCAUCUGACAAAACUUGACAUCGAAAUAUGGGAAGCAAAAGAUGUUCUCCACUUGCUCCAGCUAGCUCCAAACCUAUCCUCCUUAACGAUUGGCAUAUUAUCCCCCGCCGGCGAACCAUUAAACCCAUUCACACACACAUACCUUCAAACCUUACACAUCAGUUUUGACUAUUAUGAUGACGAUUUCUGCGACCUGCUCGAUGCUCUCUCACUCCCCACUCUACGCGUACUUACUGUUCACAUUGUACCAGAGUGGCCUCAUGAGGAGUUCAAGGCAUUCCUGGCACGGUCAGAGUGUCCACUGGAGAGUCUGAUCGUCAGCGGUAGUGUGGUGACAGAUGAGCAGCGAGCAGAAUAUGUUGCUCUUGUUCCUUCGUUCCAACUUGUACCAUACCCUGUACCAUUCAUUUCAUGAUGGUCAAUCGUACUACUCUCUCUGUAGUUACUAUACUCUAUGCUACCACUGCCUUAC